AUGACUCUUCCACGCUUCCAAACCUUCAUCUCCUUGCCGUCGCUCCUUACGGGGGUUCUGAGCCGUCGCUCUGGCAUGCGCCUUCAUAGGUGCAAGGCUGUCGUCGACAGUCGCACGAUGCGUCAGUUCUCUUUACACGACUCUUACACGCUUCCGAACCUUCAUCUCCUUGCCGUCGCUCCUUACGGGGGUUCUGAGCCGUCGCUCUGGCUGGUGCAAGGCUGUCGUCGACAGUCGCACGAUGCGUGCAAGGCUGUCGUCGACAGUCGCACGAUACAAUCAGUUCUCUUUACACGACUGUUCCACGCUUCCGCACCUGCAUCUCCUUGCCGUCGCUCUGCCGUGAUCGAUGACUUCAUAUUCGACCUGGGAUGGCGAUUCAAAGCGGUGGAUCUACCUGGCAGAGUCAAGGCCGUCAUGGAUGAAGGAUUCGAAUUGCAAAUGGCAAAUGAUGGACGAUGUCGUCCGUAA